CAUAUAAAUUCGCGUCAACGUGAUUUCAAAUCAGGCUUCGGUCAGUGAUCACACAAUGGCUUUGAAAAUCUUGUGUUUCCUCAGUCUUCUGGCGUUCUGUCAUGCUGGAGUUCUUCCGUUCUUUGAUCCCAGGAUCGUGAAUGGGGAAGAUGCUAAACCAGGCGAGAUUCCAUAUCAGGUUUCCCUUCAACAAAAAUAUUCUUCCUUCCACUUUUGUGGUGGAUCAGUCUUGAAUAAUUACUACGUUAUUACCGCAGCUCACUGUGUUGAGAAUCAAAAUGCCAGAGAUAUAAAAGUUGUUGCUGGCACCAUUAACUUAACUGACCCGAAAUCGGAGCAUAAUGUUGUCAAAAUUACUGUACACAAAGAAUAUGAUCCAAGUAAUUCUUAUAUUAACGAUAUUGCUUUACUAAAGGUGGAUAGGUCUCUUGAAAGAUUUGAACAUGUUCCCCUGCUACCAAAAGGUGAUGUCGUUAAACCUAAUGAUAUUGCUGUUGUGUCAGGAUGGGGCAGGCUUUGGCAAGGGGGACCAACCACUGUUAAGUUACAACGAGUCAACAUUCUGAUCGGUGAUCAGAGCUAUUGUAAAUAUAUGUACAACCGUAUAGGAUACAAUAUUUAG